AUGGAUCAGAGAAUUUUACUUGCAGUGACUCUCAUGUGCAUUGCGGUGGCCGGUGUCACAGCUCAGUCCCCUGCAGCUGCACCAACAACAACAUCAAAGCCUUCUACUUCUCCCGCUACCUCACCAGCUACUGCUCCACCGACUCCUACCGUCACUUCCCCAGUGAGCUCACCACCAACCACGGUUCUAGUGAGCUCACCACCACCUAGUUCUCCUCCAGUUGCUGUUCCAGUGAGCUCACCAACAGCCGUGACUCCUGCUCCUAGCAAGAGCAAGAGUAAGAAGAUGGUUAAGAAGCACAAUGUAUCUUCACCGGCACCUGCUCCUGAGUUGAUGGGACCACCUGCACCUCCUAGCGAAGCUCCUGGACCUAGCCUUGAUUCUGAUUCUCCUAGCCCAUCUCUAAAUGAUGAGAGUGGAGCAGAAAAAUUGAAGGUAGUAGGAAGCCUGCUACUAGCUGGGUUGAGCUGGUUCUUCUUCUUCCAGAGAGAGACUGCUGCUUACCUUCUUUACAUAUUAGAUUUUGUCCAAAUUUGA